AUGGCGCUUCAUUUCCAUAAAACACCAAUUGUGCUGAGCGCAUCAACGCUCAAAAAUUUAGCCUCCAGAUAUAAGGAGUACACAACAAAGGCUGACUAUCCUACUGUAGAUGAAAAGAGCUACGAAGAAUAUGAGGUAGAAACCCAAAACACACAAAAUGAUUAUGGAGAACAAAAUAGCAACCAUAAUGAGAGUGAACCGAGCACUUCACAAUCAGGGUUGCCAAAUUCAAUCGACUCGGUACAGAAUCAAACAGAAAAGUUCCGUUAUCGAUCGAUAAAACCUCCCCAGGCAUCCCUACCGAAAUUUCACGGAGAUGCUGAAGAUUUCGCCGAAUACUGGGCGAUUUUCGAGACACUAGUUCACAGAAGCAAAGAGCUAGAUGUCAUAGAAAAAAAUACUACUCAAGCUACUCAAGGAAAGCUUGAGAGGAAGAGCUCAGAUUGCCAUAAAAGGUCUCAAAUAGUCCAAAAACUGGUCAAUAUGAGACCAGCAAACAACUCCGCAGAUAGUUGUUCAUCUGUUUUCGAUCAAAUUCAAGUUUUGGUCAAUCAAAUGAUAUCGGCAGGAUAUGAUGUGCGAAAUACCUGUGACCCCAUAUGGUGCGAAACCAUAAUAGCGAAAUUCCCACAGGACAUCAUAAAGCCUGUUCUGAUAUCUGGCCAAGCACUUGAGCAACAAACAAUCGAGGACCUUCUGGCGCAGAUAAAGAAAGAAGUUGCCGCAAAAGGUUAUAUCGAAAAUAGAUUGGGUCACUCAAUAAACAAUAAAAAUUGCAAUAAGAAAGAAUUUGAGAAAGUGCUCUUUUUCUUUGAUUCUGGGGCACAGAAAACGGUGAUCGAAGAACCACUAGCCGAAAGUUUUGGCCUACCUCAAGAAACAACUGAAAUCUGUUCAAUGUCCGGAAUAGGUGGACAUAUUGAGAGCUUCAAAAGCCAUAUAGUACAUAUGAGAAUUGGUACGGUCUACGGUGAAGUAAUUGACACGAGAAUUCAGACUAAACCUGUGAUCACAAACGGAUUUCCAAGUGUAAACCUAAGCGCAGUCGACAUCGAAUUUCUCAAAGAAAACAACAUUUGCCUGGCAAACACAAAGCUUAGAGGAGAACACCAAACCCCACAUAUUUUAGUGGGACUAGACUACUAUCAUGACCUAGUAACUGGUCCUUCUCACAUGGUAAAGACUCCCAAUGGUCUACAUAUCGCAAAAACCUUAUUUGGACCUGCAAUUUACGGAAAAGGAGCUGUUGGUGCAAAGAGCAAAGAAGAUAAUCUGUGCUACGGACUCACUGCUGUACAUGAGAACAGCGAACAAGAGAUUUUGAAAAAAAAAAUGUUCGAACUCGAAGGUCUUGGUAUAUCAGCACAAGAAUGUCAAAAAGACGACAUGAUCCACAAAUACCUUGACGAAUAUUCAAAGAGAAUUUCGUUCGAACAAGGACGCAUAAUUGCUUCAUUUCCUUUGAAAGAAAACAUUUCUGAACUUGAGAAUAACUACGCUGUAGCUAUUCGCCGCCUGGAGUCGCUUGCAAAAGAUGCUCCAGCAAAACCAUUUACAACGUUCAAAAGACUCCCUUUCGGAGUAACAGCAUCUCCAAGCAUUCUCAAUAUGUGCUUGACGGCAUUCUUGAACAGCCAAAACACGGAUCUUGCCGCUGAAAUUGGCAAGAACCUAUACGUUGAUAAUAUCAUGAUGACUGCCGACACUGCAGAGGAAGCUCUACAAAAGUAUCGAGACUCUAAGAUACUAUUCGCGAAAAUCGGUAUGAAUUUGAGGGAAUACAUAUCAAAUUCGAAUGAGGUUAACUCUCAAAUACCAAUUCGUGAUAGUCUGGAAAAUGGCCCUCUAAAAUUUCUGGGUGUCAACUACAAUACAAUCCUAGAUAAUUUCAAAGUUAUGACACAUUUCCGACCAGUCAGUCAAAUAGCAAAAAAGGAGAUCGUGAAUCAAAUAAACUCGGUUUAUGAUCCUAUCGGACUCGCUGCACCUCUACUAGUCAGACUUAAAGCGAUAAUGAGAGAAGUGUUUGAACACAAAGAUCUAGAAUGGACGGACGUCCUUGAUCUACCCAUCUGUGAACGAUGGAACAAACUUUGCGAAAACGUCAAUAACGCAGUAAUCUCUGUCCCCAGAUCCAUCUCUCAACAAGGUAGCAAAAUGCGCCUGUGGGUAUUCGCCGACGCUAGCAAUGUGGCGAUAGCAACAUGCGCAUAUCUUCUAUGUACUUUUACUGGCACUGUCUCUACGUUAAUCAGUGGUAAAACAAAACUUUCACCAAAAAGUAAUAUCCAAUAUGUGUGGACAUAUCGGACAAAUUUCUAUAGAGUCUCAGAUAGUGAAAUAGCUCUGUGGUGGUUGAAAUCAGCAAGAAAACUACCCAUAUUCGUUGCAAAUCAACGCGGAAGAAUAAACAACCUGCGGGACCAACUCAAAACAGAGGGCAUUCCCUCAGGUUUCUUCCAUGUUGAUACUUCACACAACCCAGCUGAUGCGGGUACUCGUAGUCUUACAACUCAAGAAAUCAAUAAUCAUGACUGGCUGAGAGGACCACGCUGGUUAGAACAAAACUCAGGCACAUGGCCGUUAAGGCCCAUCGAUACAAUCACAGAAGUGGCCAACACAAAAGAAGAGCGUGCGAUUUCCAUAAACGUAAUUGCUAAAGUUCAAAAAAAGACUUGGAAUGAUCUUGUGGAUUUGACGCGAUUUUCCACACUCAAAAAAGCAUUGCGAACAAUGGCAACAGUUGGGAAAGUUCUCAAGCAGUGGUCAUUAUCUACGGAAAAAGGUAGAUCUACUGUUAUAAGCCCCAAAAAGGUUCAUGAUUUUGAUAACAUCAUCAUCAUCGAAAUAACAUCAUCAGAUAUGGAACUCGCCGAGGAAAUUCUGAUAGCCACCGAACAAAGUCAUUAUACACUUGAAGAUCUUACGAAACAAUUUCCUGACAAGAAAGUAAUCCAAGACCAGAGAGGAAUAAUUCGUCAUGAAUCACGCUUACAAAAUGCGUAUCUUCCUUUGGAUACAAAAUCACCUAUCUUCAUCCCCAAAGAAUCCGAAUUGGUUCGACUAAUCCUGCUCAAGAUUCACAAUGAAAACGCACACUGUGGGAAAGAUCAUACUUUGACUAUUGUACGUCAAAGAUUCUGGAUUCCGCGCCUUGCCUGUGCCUUCAAAAAGUAUUUGGGCAAAUGCACAACAUGCAAAAAGUACCAAAGACUCCCCCUUGGGGCUCCAAUAAUGCCACCACUUCCGAGGGAUCGAGUCCUGGUCUCAAAACCGUUCCAAAACACUGGGUGUGACUUCAUGGGGCCAUUCACUUCGAAAACCGAAGAAAAAAUAGGUGUGCCAAAGAUCAUGCGCAGUGACUGUGGCUCAAACUUUAAAAAUGGUGAGCACAUCAUAGAAGCAAUAUUCAAAAAAGAUGACAAUACAGGUAGUUCUCCGAUGACCUACUGCGCAAACGAACGGAUAAAGUGGAUCUUUAAUCCUCCAGCGUCACCAUGGAUGGGAGGCGUAUGGGGAAGACUAGUAGGAUCAGUCAAAAAGGCUGUAAACAAGUCAAUAGGACGAAGGAAGUUAAGCUUCCCUGAGAUGUGUAUGGUGCUGACAAAAAUUGAAGCAAUUCUCAACACCAGACCGCUUACAAAAUGCGAUACUAAUGACAUCACAAAACUUCCGCUUCGCCCCAUUGAUUUCUCGCAAAGAAACAUCAAGUAUUCCAUCCCAAAUGGAAGUGCAUUGCAUGAUCAAACAGAUCCGGAAUAUGAUCCUACGCUUAUACAAACCGAAAAACAAGCGCUGGAAGUAAUCCGUUUUUCCGAAACGAUUGCAGAAAAGUUUUGGGAAUCUUGGAAGUCUCAAUACUUGAUAUCUCUUCGAGAAAACGAGAAAAUGAACUACAAACAACCAAGACAUCUGAAAAGAACAGAUCCAGGGCUCGGAGAGAUUGUACUAAUCGAGCAAGAUCUAGUACCUAGAGGAAAUUGGCCGUACGGCAAAGUAGUAGAGGUCAUGACCUCAGCGGAUGGCUUAAUAAGAAACCCGCAAGUACCAUCGCAAACAAACGAUUUGCGAUAUCGAAAGGCGCUUCAUUUGCCCCUUCCGGAACACUUUCGUGUAGCAGCGGAGUGUACCUCCUACAGGGAAGCUCAAACUCAAUUUCAUAAGUGCAUAAACAGGAUCGGGUGCGAAUGCAGCAACUCAGUAAACAACUGCCUGUGCCCAGAAGGCUCAAUUAGUACACUUCGAAAUAACAGCGAUACAAAUCUACCUCUAGAAACGCCUUUUGGAACACUGAAGGUAGUAUCGGACGAAAUCACAGCUGUUUCAAACGAAGAAGAAGUGGUCAUAAGGCUAGAGUCAAAAAUUCUCCAAGAUUCAGCUGAAUUCCAAGAGAAUCACGACUGCAUUGUUAGAGCUACAAAUGUUAUCGGGUGCUACAGUUGUCCAACAGGUGCAGAACUAACGUUAACCUGCGAGUCUCCGAAACAAAUGUUGGUCACAGCCUUAUGCGAAGCCCAGCAGUUCACACCCAGCUGUGGAGCAAACAAAAGUAACCAGAUUGAGUCACCAGUGGUUCGCAGACAUAAGUAUGCCGGACGUGACCCCCUACUUGAAACUCUGGCUGUGGCCGCAACUAUCUUUACACUAAUGCUUGCUGCCCUAACCUACAUAGCAGGACCUAUCGCUCUAAUUCACGUAGCAAAAUGCUUGCUUCACCCACAUUCUCAAAACACUGCUCGUGACGACAUGGAGUUGCUUACAGCCGAACCAGCCUGA